ACUGUUUUUGAAUUGCUUGGAUUCACGUCAAAAGGCUUGAUAUGUGCUUUGAUAUUUCCACUUUUACAUACAGUGAUACUUUUCUCAGGUCCUUUGCUACAGAACUAUUACAAUGGUGUCUUCUAUUUUUAUAAAAGUUCAUGGUAUUGGAAAAGUUGCUUCAGAAAUCAUGUAUGGCUAAGGAGUCACCUUGUGGGACCGAUAUCAGAAGAAAUUGUCUACAGAGCCUGCAUGCUGCCCACUUUGAUUCCAAACUUUGGAGUUGCAAAAUCAAUCGUGUUGAGUCCGUUGUUUUUUGGAAUGGCUCAUUUCCAUCAUGUUUUUGCUUUAGUUAAGGAUGGCAUGCCAUUAAAGAGUGCCCUCAUCAAAGCCUGUUUUCAGUUUACCUAUACAACAUUGUUUGGUAUAUAUUCAGCCUUUGUAUUUGUCAGGACAGGUGAUACCAUACUGCCUUGCAUACUGUCGCACAUGUUCUGCAACCAUAUGGGCUUUCCCAACUUUAUAGAAGUUCUACAAUGCCAGGAUCAAAGCAUGAAAUCAAAAAUCAUCUUCUUCUACGUAGUGGGACUCGUCUUAUUCUUCAUUCUUCUCGUGCCUUUAACUAAACCUUCCUUAUAUGAAUGA